AACACGCACAAAUUAGCCAGCAAAUCUCCACAUUCAUCAAACCCACUUCUCAUUCACUCCGUUUUCAUGCUUUGAUUGUUGUGUGAUCUACAGAAGAAAGAAUGGCUGACUCCCGGGUUCAUCCCACCACCGCCGACUCCCAUCCGCCUCCGCCCUCGUCUUCAUCACCCAAGAACUCCACUGAGCAUCCCAUCCCGCCGAACCCUCCCCCAUCGAAGCCAGUCCCUCCCCCGGCGACUUAUGUGGUCCAGCUCCCCAGAGAACAAAUACUCCGCUACCCUCCGCCUGAGAACGCUAGGAAAUUCCAAGCCUUAACCCGCCGGAAGAACCGUAGGAGCUGCUGCCGCCGCUGUUGCUGCUUCACUCUCUGCCUGCUCGUAUUCCUCGUCAUCGCCGCUGCCGUUUCCGCCGGAGUGCUAUACCUCGUUUUCCGGUUCAAAUCACCCAAGUAUACUGUCACUCACCUCGCGAUCAAGGGGAUGAAUCUGACGUCUGCGGCGCCGAUCUCGCCGGGAUUUGACGUCACCAUUAGAGCGGAGAACCCUAACAGCAAGGUAGGCAUACACUACUUGAAAGACAGCGCCGUUAACGUCUUCUACAACGACGUGAAGCUCAGCAACGGCGUAUUGCCGGCAUUCUACCAGCCGAGGAAGAACGUCACGGUGCUGAAAACGGCGUUAACCGGAUCCGACGUGGUACUGGGCGGCACCGUUAAGACGGCGUUAAGAAACGCGCAGAAUCAAGGGAGGAUCCCGUUCCUCGUUAAAACAAAAGCGCCCGUUAAGAUAGAGGUGGGGUCCGUUAAGACGUGGGAAAUCACCGUUAAGGUGAAAUGCGACAUCGUCGUGGAUGGGUUGAAUCAGAAGGCUCAGAUUGUGUCCCAUGAUUGUGAUUUUAGUGUGAGAUUGUGGUAGUGCAAUUUAGACCGUGUGAUUUUGGUGUAGGAUGAUUCUGAUUCAAUUUUUUGAUAGACCAAAAGUUGUUGAUGGGUAUGUGAUUUGGAUAUACUAAUACAAUAGAUAUUACAAGAUAUUUUAAUUUUCUCAAAAA